CGCCAGCGUCGCUUUAUCGGCAGGGUUCAGAAUUACCAUAUUAUUCCCUUCAGGUAUUGCUAUUAUUAAAAGUGAGAAUUCAGAACGGAUGUCUCACUCAUAAAACGGCACGCUUCCAUGCACUAUUUGUUUUUGUGGCGGUGGGAUAUGUUUUUUCCCUCUCUGGGUAAAUGUGUCGGAUUUAUGUUGUUUUUUCCUCCGUGGGAAGCCAUGUAAUGGUGGCAGUUUGAGAAUUGAGAUCUCCACCCUGUGGAGAGAUAAGUCCCGCCGAUAAAGCGCGCAUCUUUACCGACCACUGUUGCAUAUUUAACGUACAUUUAAGGUGGAGACUGUCAGUAGUAAUUUUUUCACGGAACUAUACUGACAGUCUAGCGACGACGAUGAUAAUUCGUUAGGAGUUUUUUGGGGGGGAGGAGGGGGGAGUAGCUGUGGUGGCUAGUGGGCGACGUUAUUCGGGAAAGGCUCGCCUGUGUGUGCUUCGGGCAGAGAUGGAGAGGGUUCGUUCCUCUCUCUGGACCUGAUCUCGGCGCGCGCGCAGGACACACAGACUUCUUCCUUAUUGUUUUAACAUUCAUUUUCCGGUUUGACGAGACAACAGAGUCGGAGGACCUUUUCAGUAGCUCUGAGGACUGUGCAAUCGAGACCGGACUGAGAGACUCGGACCUUCUGCGCCGGAGCGGAUAGAGGUCCGUCUGCGUGAAGCCUUUAUUCAGGCCCGCUGCGCGAGACCCACUGGGCCAGCUCUAGCGCUCACUUUCAUAUACAUUAAACCACUCAAGAGUGAGAGAGAGGGACGGAGCCCUCCCGGGCAAACAUAAUCCCUUUCUCUGAAACAAUGAGCCAGGAUUAAAACUAAAUUGCUUUGAACUGCUGUCAUGGCAAUGACUGCAAAACUUAAAGAAAUAGUCAGUCGGAAUAAGAGGAGGUACCAGGAUGAUGGAUUCGAUUUGGACCUGACAUACAUCUACCCAAACAUCAUUGCCAUGGGUUUUCCUGCUGAACGGUUGGAGGGGGUUUACAGAAACAACAUUGAUGAUGUGGUGCGGUAAGUCCAGCUGCAGAAAGAAACCCAAGACAACUGAGGGACACUUUCAGUUUUUGGAUUCCAAACACAAGAACCAUUAUAAAAUCUACAACCUAUGUGCCGAGCGACACUACGAUGCAUCCAAAUUCAACUGCAGGGUGGCACAGUUUCCGUUUGAGGACCACAACCCACCUCAGCUUGAGUUAAUAAAGCCCUUCUGUGAGGAUCUCGACCAGUGGUUGUCUGAGGACGAGAAUCAUGUGGCCGCCAUCCACUGUAAAGCUGGCAAAGGUCGCACAGGGGUCAUGAUCUGUGUCUACCUUUUGCACCGCAAGAAAUUCUUUGAGGCACAAGAGGCACUGGACUUUUAUGGGGAAGUUAGGACCAGGGAUAAAAAGGGGGUAACCAUUCCCAGCCAGCGUAGGUAUGUGUAUUACUACAGCUACUUGCUGAAGAACAAGCUGGACUAUAAACCAGUUGCUCUACUCUUCCACAAGAUGGUUUUCCAGACUCUGCCCAUGUUCAGUUUGAGCAAUUGCAGGGACAGUACUGUUAAAAACAGGAAUGAGGUGAAUCCCCAGGGCUUCAAGAAAGGCAGCUGGCACUGGGACCCUCAGUUUGUUGUGUAUCAGUUGAAGGUAAAAAUCCACACGUCAAACCCGGCCCACACACGGAGGGAAGAAAAGAACAUGAUCUUUGAAUUCCCUCAGCCUUUUCCUGUAUGUGGUGACAUAAAAGUGGAAUUCUUCCACAAACAGAGCAAGAUGAUGAAGAAGGAUAAAAUGUUCCAUUUCUGGGUAAACACAUUCUUCAUUCGGGAUCCAGAGGAAGCUGGGGAGAAAUUGGAGAAUGGGUCAGUGGUCAACAAUGUGGAUAGCCUCUCCUCCCUGGUGGAGAUGGAGAGAGAGGAGCAAGGAGUCGAAGGAGGAAUUGAAAGAGAAAGAGAUGCUGAAAGGGGAGGGGAGCGAGCAGGGACAGUAGACGGAGAUAAAGACUACUUGAUUCUGACCUUAACGAAGAAGGACCUGGAUAAGGCCAAUAAGGACAAAGCUAACCGUUAUUUCUCACCCAACUUCAAGGUAAAGUUGUACUUUACAAAGACUGUAGAGGAGCCCUCAAACUCAGAAGCGAGAAUUUCAACUCUCACUCCAGAUGUGAGCGACAAUGAACCAGAUCACUACCGGUAUUCUGACACCACUGAUUCCGAUCCUGAGAAUGAACCUUUUGAUGAAGAAGAGCACGCAGAGAUCACGAAAGUGUGAAAGCACUUUUGGCAUCUGCACAAACACACACAAUCACACACACAAACAUACAUGCUGGGAAAAAAACAGACAAACCAACCAACACCAGUGAAAUAAAAAAGGAGAAAUCUUGAAAAUAAAUUGAAGAGGAAAAAGACCCUUCCUCCCCCACCCCCUCCGCCCUCCAACAGCUCAAAGACAGUUUUUCACAUCACACACCAUUGAUUACAGAUGACAAAAAGUGUCCUGACCAAUAUAUUGUUUUACUUCAUUUUUAUUAUGAUUAAUUUCUUGUGUGGAUCAUGACACUGUUGCCUGAGGUGGGAGGGAGGGUCUUGUAGCUAUUCUGUGUAUAUAAAAUCCCUUUUAUGUGUUAAAGACAAUAAAUCUAGGCAAUCAGGUGAGGGGAGGAGAGGUAUAGCAGACCACACAUAUCUCCUUCUCCCUGUCUUCACCCAGGCCAGUGCUGCAAUCACACUCUCCCCCUCUUCCUCGCUCUUCCCCUCCAUACUGUGAAUGCUUGUUGUGCAGGCACUAAGAUCUUUGACCCGCUGCCUGCGCAGUGUGUGCUGGGAUAUGUAGUCCUUCAGGCUGUCGUACAAAGGCUCUACAGUGUGCCAGCAUUCCUUGUCCUAGCCUCACAACCCUGCCCCUCCUCCCCUCACUCCACCCCACCCACUGUGUGUAAUGAUAAAUGAUGCAGAAAAACACGACAUCCCAUGUAAUUGUCGAGGUUUACCUUUUUUUUUUUAAAUCCUAAGAUAAUACAAAUGUAAUACACGAAAGCGCAGGGAACCAGUGUUUGCUUUAAUGUUAACUCUCAACAUUUAAAGGACGAAUUGGUAUGCAUGUCAUUGGAGUCAGUGUCCAUGUUUAAUAAAUGCUAUAUGAUGUGUUUUUAUUAAAACAAAAGUGUCCGAACUCUCUUAAAUAGUUGUGUGAGAUCAAUUCACAAACACGGUCAUUCGGUUUCAAGAUCUCAAGCUGUAAUUGUGGUAAUGCAUUUUUUUUUUCUCAGGUUUCUUGUCCUUAUGCUUUGUGGGGAUGUCCAGGUCCACAUUUUUUAAUGUUUCACCAAUACAACCAGAAAACCAGUAAAAACAGUUUCACCAGACUAAAGGUUCUCUAAAGGUUUUUAUACAAUUUGAAAUGGGGUCCUUUAUAGAUUUUUCAGGUUGAUUAACAUCAUUUUAGAUUGACAUAAAUGAUGCAAAGCCCCAUUUUUGUUUUGAACCAGAUGUUGCUUCAUACAGCUAUGUAGGGCUUCUUGAAUUAAAUAGUGAAAAAUGAUUUAUGAUAAUAAACAAAAUCUUGAUAGUUAUUGUUGUCCAGGUGUAAUGCUGUCUCUGCAACUGUAACUUUCACCAGUCAUGAGAUUAGAGCGUAAACAUGGAGGCAAAUAUUACUCUCAUAACAAAGAGAAGAGGACAUAUAUACAGUGGCAAUAAAAAGUAUCUGAGGUAAUGUAUGUGUGGAAUUAGCUAGUUUUCUGCAUUAAUUGGUCAUAAAAUGUUAUCUCAUUUUCGUGAAAGUCUCAAAUGUGCUUAAGCUAACUAUUCUAAUCUUUUAUGUCUUUACUGAACACAUCCCAUUAAACAUUUACAGUGCUGUGGAAAAAGAAAGCAAAUCCUUAGAUUUAAUAACUAGUCUAUCCUCAUUUGGAAGCAAUAACCUCAACCAAGCGUUUCCGUAAGCUGCGGAUUAGACCUGCACAAAGUACAGAAGGAAUUUUGGACCAUUCUUACUUAACUUCUUUAGCUCAGCCAUAUUCUUAGGAUGUCUGGUGUGAACGGAUAUUUUGAGAUCAUUCCACAGCCUCUCUGUUUGGGUUUAGGUCUGGGCUCUGACUGGCCACUCCAAAAGUUGGAUUUUUUUUAUUGAAACAAUUCUGUAGUGGAUUUAGUUCAAUGUUUAGGGUCAUUGUCCUGCUGCAUCCCUCUACUUCUAUGAAGCUUCAUCUUGCACACAGACACCCUGACAUUAUCCUGUAGGAUAUCUUUAUAAACUUGGGAAUUCAUUUGAAGGCUAAAUGUCCAGGCCCGAAGCAGUAAAGCAUCCCCAAAUCAUGCUCCAUCCACUGUACUUCACCAUCAGGAUGAUGUUUUCAUGUUGGUAUGUGGUGCCCGUUUUGUGCUGCCAUUGGGUAAAAGGCCACCAUGGGUAUUUUAGUGAUACUGCGUAAAUAUAGGGACAAUAGAUAUAGGGCAACAUUUGUUAACUUAUUAUGAUACUUAUUUAAAAUUACCAAUUCAGAAAAUGGUUAACCAUUUGGUUAACCAUUUUCUGUUAAUUUCAAUCAUUUUGCCAUUUCAUAACAUAGGUAUUUAUAAAAAAAAUAUGUGUCCUCCAUUGUAAUUGAAUCAGUCAAUGUGUGCCCUCAUUACAAAUUUUCCAUAACAAAUGUAUUCACCACUCUUAUGAAAAAAUAGAAUACGCCAUAUGUAGUGCUGCGUGUUCUUCCCAAACAAUUCAACCAUAAUUUCAUCAGUCCACAAAACAUUUUCCCAGCAGCAUUAGGAGUGUCAAGGAGGUCUUUGGGAAAUUUCAGGUGCACAGCAAAGUUUUUGUUGGAAAACAGCGUAUUCCUUCUUGGUGUGCUGCCAUGGACACCAUGCCUAUUUAAUGCUUUUCAUAUAGUAGACUCAUGAACAGAGAUGUUAACCAGUUCCAAUGAUUCCUUUGAGUCUUUAGCUGUCACUCUAUAUUCUUUCUUUACCUUAUCGAGCAUUCUGCUGUGUGCCCUUUGAGUCAUCUUGGCUGGACGGUCACUUCUAGGAAGAGUAGCCACAGUACAAAAUGUGUAUAAAUGUGGACAGAUGAAUAACAGAGCUCUUUGAGAUAACUUUGUAACUCUUUCAAGUUUAUGCAAAGCAACAAUUAUUGAUUGUAGCUCUUCUGAGAUCUCUUUUUUGCAAGAUAUGGUCCAUGUCAUCAGAUACAUUCUUGAGUGCUUUUUAUAAGUCAAAAUAGCUCUAACCCACACCUCCAAUCUUGUUUUAUUAAUUGAAUGUCAAGUUUGCAAACUGCUGACUCUAAUUAGCUUUUGUUGACGUCAUUAGGCUAGAUGUUCACAUAUGUUUUCCAACCUACACUGCAAAUGUUUGAAUGGUGUAUUCAGUAUGCAAGAACAAUACAAUAAUUUGUGUUAUUAGUUCAAACUGAUUGUAUUUGUUCAUUAUUGUAACUUAGAUGAAAAUCAAACUAGAUUUUAAGACAAAUUUAUAAAUAAAUUCUGGUAAUU